AUGACACACGACCCAAGCUCCGAGUGCUCAAUCCCCUCGCACGAUAAGGCAUCCACAAAAGUUUCUGCUCGACUUCAUCAACAAUGCGUUGACCUCCUCACUGAAGUGGACGCAUUCCAGUCCCUUCUUAAAUCAAACCUACGCAAUCCGCAGCUCGUCGAGGUGCGCCAGUUCCGCUCGAAUGUGAACUCCGAGUUGAAAAUGCUUCAGAAAUUAGAGCAGAAGAUUACGGUGCAGAUACGGAAUUCUCAACGGAUUCCUGAAGAGAAGGGGUUGGAAACUGAUAAUGAGGAACAAUCGAAUGGGGAAUUGAGUUCGAGUCGGCAGAUUGGUGCUGAUGGUAAUUCGAAUGAUGUCAAUACCGAGAUCGAGAUGCGAUUAGUUCAUGCAUUGCGCUCAUCGAAUAUGCCAUUUUAUCAGGCGGUUUGGGAUAUUGCAAGGAACUCCUGUGAAGGGUUACUUGCUAUGGGUAAAAGGUUCUAUUGGGAUCUUGAACUUGAGACCAAUCGUGCUGGAAAGGGGAGCGGAGGUGGAAAUAAGCAAGCUAAUAAAGAUAAACGCAAGAGCGUGUUUGUGGAUAUUGUUGCUGCUGAUGGAGCGGAGUGGGUAAAAGUAUCUACUAUUUCGGAGAGUAGAUUGCUCUUUGAAAUGGCGAAGAAAGGAUGGGAGGCGGAAAGUGAAGAUGAUUUCUCUGAUUCUGAGGGCGUGAGACCUGCGCAAAGGACGAUACUACGGAAUUUUGAUGGGGAAGACCCUGGAGAACAUGAUGAUGACGAUGAAAUGGAGUUGAUUAAAUUAGCUCGGGAUCUAAGGAAGGCAGCCGACGCAACACGAGUGAGGUAUAAGCAUCCUCGAGUACGGCUUGUACUACCCAAGAUCGGAGAAGGUAGUCUUCCUGAGAUUGAUGAUAUACUCGCUGAGUUGAGAAGCUAUGGUAUUCAAGUCGAGUGUCAAACGAAUCUGACGCCCAGGCAAGGUAAAUCGGAUUUGACUCGACUUCUGCCUCAGCCCUUCAAGAACUUCACACCUACCCUGAAUGUCGAUUGUACAUUGUUGCUUGCCAUGGUCUCAGAUCUAUCCCAUAUCAAGGACAUCACCAUCUUGCCCAGUUUCCAUAGAGCUAUUGUGCGGCAGAUAGAGGUGGAGAAGGAUAUGCCCUUGCUUCCAAGGGAAUUGUGGCCAUCAAUGGGUUCUCAUGAGCUUAUCUGCGCCAGCGAGGCAGCUGUACGAAUGCGUGAAAUCGUGGAGCUCAUCGGGACUAGCACAGAGAAAGCUCGGAUGGAGAUUCUGAUGGAGAGCCCAGGUAGCCAUGGUGUGGAUCGCAAAACUCUCAUCGAACAAUUCCAGGUCUUAUCUGAUCAUACUGUCCCUACAGACUGGGCCAUCCCGGUCAAGAUUGUGGAUGCACAGCCUGAAAUCGAGAGUUGUCUUGCGGAGAGGAAACUUCCCUCGGUUGCCGAUGAUGUUGCAGAAGGAUUAUCUGAUAUCAACUAUAGCGUUUUCAUGUAUGGAUGGGUCACGAAUAUGACAACCAUAACAAGCAACCGGACUAUCGAUAAGCAGAUCGAGAUUACGAUUGAGAAGAACCGCAAAGACGAUGAGAGUAUUGAGGGUCCUGAUGUUUGGGUCUGCGAUACGGCACGCAGUUUGGUUGGUAAAGACAAGGGUCGGAAAGAUUGA